UGUACUUUAAACCGAACAGUGUUUAUUUCCUGUUUACGAUAAUCACCAAACAGCAGUAUUGCCAUGUUAUGCUUGUCAUGUCAUGCUUUGGUGCUGCUUACAAAUUUGUCUCUACCUCCUCCAGACUUCGAAACAUUCCAGUAAGGGCUGCUGAACAGGACAGGUCCAGCAGAAGUGACUGCAGCGUUAUUCCAUUCCUCUCGAAAGUCUUUACUAGUUUCACAAUCAAGCAUGAAGGUUGAACUGCUCCCAGCAUUGACUGACAACUACAUGUACCUUCUUAUUGAUGAGGAGACCAAGGAAGCUGCUGUAGUGGACCCUGUGGAGCCACAAAAGGUUGUGGAAGCAGUCAAAAAGCAUGGGGUGAAACUAACUACUGUUCUUACUACACAUCACCACUGGGACCACGCAGGAGGCAAUGAGAAGAUGGUGAAGUUGGUUUCUGGGUUGAAAGUCUAUGGGGGAGACAGCAGAGUGGGAGCGCUUAACCAGAAAGUCACACACUACAAUACAUUCAAGGUUGGCUCCUUGAAUGUUAAGUGUCUCUUUACACCGUGUCACACAUCUGGACACAUCUGUUAUUUUGUUACUAAAGAGAGCAGUUCAGAGCCCCCUGCUGUAUUUACUGGUGAUACUCUGUUUAUUGCUGGGUGUGGGAAGUUCUUUGAAGGCACAGCAGAUGAAAUGUACAAAGCUUUGAUUGAGAUUCUUGGACGCCUGCCACCUGAAACCAGGGUUUAUUGUGGACAUGAAUACACUAUCAACAAUCUGAAGUUUGCUCGACACGUAGAACCAAGAAAUGAUGCCAUCAAGAAAAAACUAGCGUGGGCAAAGGACAAGUAUGACAAAGGGGAACCUACUGUCCCUUCCACUAUAGCUGAAGAAUUUACCUACAACCCCUUUAUGAGAGUCAGGGAGAAAUCGGUGCAGGAACAUGCUGGACACACUGAUCCUGUCACCACUAUGGGUUCCAUUCGCAAAGAGAAGAAUAACUUCAGAGUGCCCAAGAACUGACAUGCUUUGUUAUGUGAGCUUUUCUGGCACUACCCUGCACCCACGGUGCACAGCUAGCAGUAACUGGAACACUUGCCUGACUCAUCACCCACUGCUUUGUAAAUGCAAUCUAUAAAAAAGAGCUCUAUAUUGUAAUGUCUAAACUAAGCAUCUUUCUUGUUCAUGGGACUUUGAAGUUUUAAAAAGCAGAGAGAAUCUUACAUGCACAAGCAUGACAGUUUUCAUCACAAACUUGUUUGCCGUUCUUUUCAGGAAAUGAGUUGCUAUGCAGUUCUGAUUUAAAAAAAAAAAAAAAAAAAAAAAAAAAAUCGGCUGUACCAAUGCAGAUUAUUCAUAGUCAUUUAGGGGAGGGGAUAUUUAAAUGUUCGUGUCUGCUUGCGAAGUAGGAAAAGAACAACUCUGAAUAUCGUGAGGAGAGCUUCAUGCGUUGCCAUGAAGAUAAAAACAUUUAACAGGAGAAAUUCACGUGUUGUCGCACACAUUCUGAAUUACGCUGUGCAUUAGCUACUUGUUUACACACUAGUUUCUUUUGAAAUGUUUUUUUUUUUAUC